AAGUUCUUACCAUUAGUGUAUUGCAAAUUAAGUAGAGAAAAUAAUUUAAAAUUAGCUAAAAUUUGAUUUGAAAAGUAUAUAUCAACUUACGAGAAAAUCUGUUAUAUAUUGAUAAUCAAAAUAUUUCUACUUUAUUUCGAACAUCUGAAUGGUAUGAAAUAAUUGUAAUAGAAAUUUCCUGAAAAGAUAGUGUGAAAUAACGAGAGGAUACAACUGUAUAAAGAAGUCAAAAGUACUUUUAAAAUAAAUUGUACUUCCGAUAAAUUAUUCAAUAAAUUACUUAACACAUUUCAACCCUCUCCUUAACUAAAAAGAUUACAAACUUCACAGCUGGUUUAAAAAAUGUAGCACGUCUAGUUACUAUCAUUAGUAGCAGUUCAUAGCACUAUUCAAUGAAUGCUAUCGCAUAAAUACUAUUUGAACAAUAAUUAUAGUUCAGUAUGCCUAAUAUCCAAACGUAUUCAUACUUUUUGUAAUCAUUAUAUAUUUCCUUUACCUAUAAAAGAUGACAUUAAUAGCAUAAAAGAUCUAAGGUUAAUUAAAAAAUAAUCUUCAAAAUACUUCAUUUAAACAGAAAUAUUAUUGCAGAAAUAUAUCAAGAAAAUGACGUCAAUGAAGGUUAUAAAACGUUUCAAAAUGAUGGCCGCAGGAGGUAAUGUUAUUCCAGAAUUUCGUGAUACAUUUCAAAUAGCUAAUAAAAAACAUUUAACGUGGUAUCCUGGACAUAUGAACAAGGGAUUAAAAAAAAUGCAACAACAAUUAAAGAAUGUAGAUUGUAUAAUUGAAGUUCAUGAUGCUAGGGUGCCAAUUUCUGGGCAUUAUGCAGACUAUAGUAAAACUUUGACUGGGAUAAAACCCCAUAUUUUUGUGUUAAACAAAGUUGAUCUAACAAACGUGAAGUUUAGAAAUCCUAUAAUAGCUGAAUUAAGAGAUCAAGGAUUAUCAAAUGUACUAUUUACUAAUUUUAAAGAUGAACGUUGCGAAGGAGUUAAACAAUUGUUACCAUUGGCACAAACAUUAAUUAAAGAGUCAAAUCGUUAUAAUAGAGCAGAAGAAAAGUCUUUUGCAAUAAUGAUUAUUGGAGUUCCAAAUGUAGGAAAAUCUUCACUUAUCAAUCGUCUAAGAAAUAAUAACCUUCAUAAAAAGAAAGCAUUACAAAUAGGCGAUGUAGCUGGUAUUACAAAAUCCGUAUCAACACGUGUAAAAGUAUCAGAAAAUCCAGAUAUCUAUGUCUUAGAUACUCCUGGAAUUUUAACUCCUACAGUGAAGGAUCUUUAUUCUGGUCUAAAGUUAGCAUUAGUUGGUUGUAUGCAAGAUCAUUUAGUAGGACAUGAAGUACUUGCAGAUUACUUAUUAUUUUGGUUCAAUCAACAAAAGUAUUAUGAAUAUGUAACUAAAUUAGAUCUACCAACUCCUAGUGAUGAUAUAUUAUAUGUUCUUACUUUUAUAGCAGCAAAACUGAAAAAAACUUUAAAGAUUAAGAAUUAUGAUGGAAAUUAUAUAGUUAAACCAGAUCUCAAAUUUGCAGCAGAGUAUUUUAUUCAUUUAUUUAGAAAAGGCGAGUUAGGAAGUUAUUGUUUAGAUGAAGAUUUAUUACAUGAAUCAAGAAAUCUUGUAGAAAUGUAAACAUAUUCUGUAAUAAGUCAGGAAAAUAAUUUGAUAUUGUAUAACUAUACUGAUGUAAUAUACAUGAAUAUAAACCUACAAUAUAUUUAAUGUAUCUGUAUAAAAUUAAUUACACAAAAAUUAACUUAUUAUUACAGUAUAAAAUAUAUUACAGCAUAUUUAUAAUUAACAUGUAAUCAUUUA